GCGGCCAUUGAAUGCAUUGCAACGAUGACCACAAUUAGUGAUUUAUUUAUUUGUUUUAAAUUUUCAUUAAUUUAUCACUUAUUUCAACAAUUUAUUAAAGUUUUCAUAAUUUUUAAUUGUUUUCUACAAUUAUGUCAUUCAUAUAAUGAUCCAAUAAAAGAGUUUUCAAAGCAUGAGAUUGUUUUGCCAAAAGUGUUGCCACCAUUUAAUCAAACUAUAUCUGCUUCACAGAAACUUUAUGAAAAUCAAUUGAAAAUUGUUAUAAAUGCCUUUAACAAUACAUUUUUACUAAAUUUAUGGAAAAAUUCUGAAUUAAUUCCAAAAAAUUACUUUGAAAGGCAUCAACAAAACGGAAGUGAUAUCAAAUCAUUGCCUCAUUUAGAGAAUGUAGAGCACUGUCACUAUAGGGGAACAGUAGAUAACAAUAUCGAAAAUACCUGGUCUGCUAUAUCAACGUGUCAUCAGUUAAUUAGCGGCUUAUUUAGUGAUGGACAUGACAUAUAUCAUAUUCAUCCUCAAGAAAACAGUUCAUCAGUAAUAGUAGUUAGAGAUCAAGAUUAUAUAUCAUCAUUUAAAUGCGGUUUUUUAAAUGAUACAAAAUCACGGGAAUCUCUGAUUAGACGUUUUCGACGAUCAAUAUCUAUAACUGAUCCGUACGAAAGUAAUAGUGACACCAGAUAUGUUGAAUUGGUUAUUGUCAACGAUUAUGAUGUGUAUACACAAAAUAAAAGAAAUAAAGCGACUGUUUUUGAUCGAAGCAAAAGAAUUGCUAACAUUGUUAAUGCCCUUUACAAUCAAUUAAAUAUAUUUGUCGUUUUGGUUGGAGUUGUUAUAUGGACUGAAGCCAAUCAAAUAACGUUAUCGACUGAUGGCGACCAAACACUGACCAACUUUUUGCAUUAUAGAAGGGAACGCCUAAUCCGUGAACAUCCCAAUGAUAACGCACAGCUUAUUACUGGUUCAUCAUUUGAUGGCGGAGUAGUUGGUAAAGCACUUAAAGGAUCCAUUUGUACAUUUGAAUAUUCUGGUGGAGUCAACACAGAUCACAGUCAAAUUACAAGUCUUGUGGCGACAACUGUAGCCCACGAGUUGGGCCAUAACUUUGGUAUGGAGCACGACUCGGAUAAGUGUCGGUGCCCUAAUGACAAGUGCAUAAUGGCACCGUCUUCUAGCUCUAUCAGUCCUAAACACUGGUCCUCCUGUUCUCUCGAAUAUUUGGAACAUUCCUUCAAACAGGGAAUGGAUCACUGCCUUCAUAAUAAGCCAAGAGAUCUGUUUGGACCAGUUUGUGGUAAUGGAUUUCUCGAGGAAGGAGAGGAAUGCGAUUGUGGCCUCAAAUCUACAUGUGAUAAUAAAUGCUGUAAUGCAACGACCUGUAAACUGAUGCCCGGCGCCCAAUGCGCUGUUGGUUCGUGUUGUGAUAAAACUAAGUGUAAAAUUGUUGAUAAAAGUCAAGACAUGGUUUGCAGACCAGCAAAGAGUAACUGUGAUUUAACUGAAUUCUGUGACGGAAUAUCCGAAUUUUGUCCCGAAGACCUCAAAGUACAGGACGGAACCGAAUGUAUUGAGGGAUUUGCUUAUUGUUUUGCCGGCAAAUGCGAUACACGCGAGAGUCAAUGCAAACUAUUGUGGGGUAAGACUGGAGAAGUCUCGGACUACAAGUGCUAUCAACAGAAUAUUAAAGGAAAUGCAAACGGAAAUUGUGGUUAUUUUAAACAAAAUCAAACUUACAUUUCAUGCAAAGCACAGGAUGUUAUCUGUGGUCGACUUCAUUGCUUUCAUCAAAGCGAACAAUUGAAAUAUGGGACAGAAAGUGCUGCAAUAUUAGCAAGAUCAUUUAUUCCUAAUAAAGGAAAAGUAUUGGCCUGUCGUUCAGCAAUGGUUGAUCUCGGCAUCGACAUCAUUGAUCCGGGUUUAGUCCCUAACGGUGCUAAAUGUGGCUCCAAUUCCAUGUGUAUCAAUCAAAAGUGUGUUUCUGUUAAAGACUUUCUCCAGAAGAAUGCCUGUGCAGACAAUUGUCAUAAAAAUGGUUUGUGUGAUAACAAAGGCGUUUGUCAUUGUUAUCCUGGUUUUGCGCCACCGAACUGUUCCCAUACUAUUACCAGCAAAUAUUUGCUUACGAUUGCAAUGUAUAUCUUAUUUUUUGUAAUCUUACCAUUGACUGUAAUCGCUGUGUUAUUAAUAUAUAAAUAUAACGAUACCAUCAAAAAUUGGUGGUUCAUUAAGGCCCGUAAAUCGGCUAUCAAAUCACGAGCCAAACAAGUAACUCAUCGAAAGCAUACCAGACCUCCCAUUAAUUUUAAUACAGAAUCAUUAGAGAUAUCGUCUCCCAUUUCACUUGAAAUGGGGACAAAAAAUUCAAAUAAUUUAUCUGAUAUCAGAUCUAAUUCAAACAAUUCCGAUAUAACAUCGCCCCUCACCAACACUGAAAAGGCGAGUACAACGCCGUUAAGGCCCAUACGUACAGCCCCUCCGCCACCGAUCUCUAAUCAUUCAUCUAUUUCGCGGACCUCAAGUAUGCGCUCAUCCAAUAGAAGUUCAUCGGGAAUACAAUAUAACCGUCCAUCGCAACCUCCUCCACCUCGACCUCCGAGGCCUCACAACUCUACUCAAGACAAUAAUUUAUCAAAUAUUCAUCCAUUAAAUGUACCCGAAUUUAAAGCAGACAAACCAUUGCCUUCUCUUCCUAAGCCUAAUAUAAGUGUCAAAUACACGAGUAAUACACCGAAGCAAACGUCUGUCGCUAAUUUGGCCAAAAAAUUUGAGAAACUAAACAAUUAAUACAAUUAUACAUUUAUUAUGAAGAACUUAAACAAUUUACUAAAAAAUUGGCCGAAUUUCUAGUCUAAAUAAGUCGCCUUCGAGUAUAUAUUUUAAAUAUCGCAUAACUUUUAUUUAUAUUUAAUUUAUUCCCAAUUUUUUUAAUAUGAUUUUUAAUUUCUUGAGAGGAUAAAACUUUUUAACUAUUCUGAGAGCUAUUAAAUAAAUAUA